GACCUCGUCGUCGACGACGAGCAGGCUGUCGCGGACAUCUUCGAGAUUUUGGACAUCGUGUUUGGCUGACACUGCCAUCUUUUCCUGUGCAUUGGCCGCCAUCAAGAUCAUUCCCUCAAAUAUCAGCCGCGUCUGCAGAGGUCCGCCCAGGUCUCGCUUUCGGCCACCACUUUCCUCCACUUUCUCCUUCCUUUCGAUUUUCUUUACGCCGAGCCAGGUGCUUGUUGCGCAGCUACUAUUUUAACCAUCCGCGUCUGGAACGCCUCUAAAUCACACCCCUCACAGUCCUUUCGGCAUCACUCAAAUUCGUUAGACCGCUCCACUAACACUGAGCAUCGUGUGCAAUGUCACUGAAGGCCGAGCUCGAGACAUGGGCCGCCGCCCUCAAGGCUUACGACGAAGGCGACUUCGAAAAGUCCCUCGAACUCUUCUCGCAGAUCGCAGACUCGUCCAAGAUUCUCACCAAUAUGGGACUCAUCUAUGCCACCAUAGGCGAGCACGAAGCCGCCGUCGAGCAGUUCAUCGCUGCAACCCAACUCGAUACAUACCUCGCUGUUGCCUACUUCCAGUGUGGUGUCUCCAACUUUCUUCUGCAGCGGUACGACCUCGCUUUCAGAGACUUUGACGGCGCUCUCCUCUACCUUCGUGGCAACGAGAACAUCAACUACGAACAACUCGGCCUGAAGUUCAAGCUCUAUUCCGCGGAAGUUAUGUUCAACAAAGGUCUAUGCCAAAUCUAUCUUGGCGAUCUGGAGAAGGGUUUGUCUAUCAUGGAGGAGGCGAAGAAGGAGAAGUCGACAGACGAGCACAAUGUCAUUGACGAUGCCCUCGCCGACCGUGGAGAGGGAUACACUGUCUUUAGCAUUCCCGUUGGCAUGCUCUACCGGCCCUCCGAAUCCAAGAUCAAGAACGCCAAGACCAAGGACUACCUUGGCAAGGCCAAACUUGUGGCUACAUCUGAUGAAAACGAAGUAUACACAGAGUUCUCCGGUGUAGCUCGCAUGAAACAGGGUAUUUCACCCCAGGGCGUUCGUCUCGAGGACGCUCCCGCUGGCAACCUCAGCCGUUCAGUUACUGUUGCGGUUACGUCGCGCCCGACCGUACCAGAUGAAGACAGGCCACAGCCGACUCUUCAGCGAGCUAAGACUACUAUCAGCGUCCCCUCCGACGCUCGCGAUCGCAUUCGUGGGGCGAACUCGGGACCGAGCUCGCCUGCUUCGAACCCUACGUCUCCUGCCCGCGGACCGGGCGAAGGUCCACCACUUGCUGGACCUGGCCGUAGUCUCAGCAUGCGUCGUCCAGGCGAGCGUGCCCCCGCACCGCUCACCAAUACCGCUCCGCUUAUUGCUGGCUCGAGCCGCCCCCCACCCCCGUCUGCUCCUUCUCGUCAAGACAGCGUACGCAUGACCGAAUUCUAUGAUGACUACAUCAACGCGUACGGAGGCACCGAGGACAUUCCGCCUGUUCCGAACUCACAGCCCCGCCCUGCCGACCGCGUCGCCAACUGGGCACGCAACAACGCGAACCCGCCGCAACGGUCCCGCUCGACCGCGCCGUCGUCAUACGCACCGAGCGCCCCGGGCACGCUGCGCCGGAAGACGACGAAACGGGUGAACCGCGCGCCAGCGCGCAGCACGUACUACGAAGAGGAGGAGGAAGGCUAUGCAAGCGGUGACUACGAGGACGGGCCGUACGAGAUGACUAAGAUCCGCGUCAAGCUGCAUUACCAGGACGACGUGCGCGGGAUGGCGAUCGACGCGCAGAUGCCGUUCGAGGAGUUUAUCGAGCGCAUCACUUCCAAGUUUGGCCGCUCGUUCGAGGGACUCGGCAUGAAGUUCAAAGACGAGGACGACGGGCGCGUCACGCUUCGCGACGAGAUGGACUACGAGCUCGCGAUCGAGACCGCCAAGGAGAGCGCCAAGGGCAAGCCUGAGGGUAGGCUUGAGAUCUGGUGUACCGACAUCUGAACCCCGUUCAAGGUCUGGCUGCGCCGGGCUCACGAUUUGAGUGAUGUUGUUUCGUUCCUGUUUUCGUGUGGGUUUGGGGCUUGUUUCGGGUUUCGCUUGUAGACAUACGACACCGUUAUUGCACUGUGCUAUCGCUCGUUUUGCCAUGCUGUGAUUUAUCAGACUGUUAUAUCACACCGUAUCCUGACAUCAAUGUUACAUUGCCUUUCAGUCCUCAGACAUAUGCUAUCUUUGGAACUCUGGUCCGUUCAAGCUGUGUACUCCAAACGGAAACGUGGAUGGCGCCUGCCGUCCGCGAAACGUUCGAAGGAGGCCGAAGCAAGUGUGGCGCAAAACGAAUGUCAAACGUGACUGGCCUUCUGUCUGUCUCUGAUUCGGUCUCAGAAUGUACCAUUGGGAGAGUCACGCUUUCCAAGGAGGAAAGAGAUGGCCUGGAACGCGGCCCAAGGAACGAAUUGAGGAGUCAUAUGCCCACUGUACGAAAACUCAAUGUAGGUAAGACCGCGCUCCUGGUGCAAGGUCCCAAAGUUGCCCAUAUUGUCGACGAUGAACGAAUCGUUUUCGAUCGGCGUCUGGAAGCCCUGCAGGCCGUCCCAGGUCAUGUUUUGGAUCGCGAUGCGCGUGCCCUCCGCGACGAGGAUGAAGUCUGCGAGGCCGUGCACGACGACGGUGCGCACGCUCUUCUCUAUCACAUUCGGCAUCACGCUCAGCAUCGACGCGACGCUCGUGUCGCGCCCCGGGCCGUUGCCCGUCGCGUUCGUGUACACGCUCCCCGAGGUGCAGUCUUCCCAGACGAUGUGCGGCGCGUGGAUCGCGUCCUGGACGUCCGUCCGGUUGAAGUACACGAACUCCUGCGUCGACUCCGGGAAGCCGAUCACGCUCCAGAGCGUCGGCCACGUGUCCGAGACGCGGUACACGUCGAACGCGGGGUUCAGGAUCGACACUUGUUGCUGGAUCGGGCUGUGCAUUCUGCAGUCUGCCGACACGCCAACUUCGAGCGUCACGUUGUCGAUCGUCGCGCCUGCAGGAAGAGGCAGCUGCCCUUUCGGCGGGUACGUCACAAAAUCGAGGUAGUCAGUGUACCCGCACGCGUCCGAGAUGUUUUGAAGGUGCGCGUAGAAGGACGCAUUGAACGGGAAGAGAUCUUUGUGUGCGAGUGCGAAGCGGAGCGCAGGGAUCUCUUGCUGGACGAGGUCCCAGGACAGAGAAGGGUCCGCAAUCGAGAUGCCGUGCAGAUUGAGGUCGAGCCCCGGGUGUUCGUAGAUGUAGUUGGCAAUGUAGGGGACAUAGAAGCCAGCAUAGCUCUCCCCGCUCAGCCAGAAAUCGCUGCCCUUCAGCUCUUCGAAGACGUCCAGGAACUGCCCGAGGAAACCGAAGACUUGCGCUGCCAGCUCGUCAUCGUUGGUGAUGUUUGGUGUUCCUUGAGAAAAGCCAGUUCCGACCGGUUGUUCGACCCAGACGACGUUCGCGAGUUGGGUCCAGGCCCAUUUAUUUGGCGUGGGCUCCGCUUGUCCCCAAGACCACGAGAUGGGACCGUUUUCUUGCAGGAAACCCUCCAGCGAGGAGCAUCCCGGACCACCGUUCGUCCAAAACAAGAGAUCGUUUUUGUUUGACGCGUUCGUCGUAGGCCAGAACCAGAAGAACAGCUUCCUCGUUUCGUUGGGGUCCCCCGAGAUGGGCAUGAGCCCCGACCACGAAUCACCCGCGUCGAAAUUCACGUCUGGAAUCUUAGUUCCAUCAACGUGGAACUGCUGCGCCUUGGGGUUCUUGAAAGUGAUAAUCGGCUCGCGCUUCUGCAGCUCCGGCUCGAGGGGGGCCUGGGGAGGCCCGAGGAAGCUGCGCAUGCGCUGGCGCUGCUCGACCUGGAAGUUCGCGGCGUCCUCGAGCCCCUGCAUCGCGCUCCCGCUGAAGAUGCGGGCGCUGCUGAGGGAGGCCAGGGAGACUAGCAGCGGGAAAAAAGAGCUCAGACGCAUUGUGGUUGGGCCAAGCUGCUACAC